UGAAAAACACAGUCCUGUGAUUUGAGGCGGAGGGAAAGUUCAAAAUCAUCCAGAACAGGACCGAUAAACACAGAACUCAAGAAGAAGAAGAGCCACGAUGAUCAGACAAGCGAAGGGUCGGACCCCCCGCAGGCCUCCUAAGAAGCCGUCCAGCACCCAGAAGGACCCGGUCGGGGUGUACUGCCGCGUGCGUCCUCUGGGUGUGGAGGACGAGGAGUGCUGCAUCGAGGUGAUCAGCAGCUCCACCAUCCAGCUGCACGCACCUGAAGGCUUUAAGACUAACCGCAAUGGAGAGUACAAAGAGACACAGUAUUCCUUCAAAAAAGUAUUUGGAGUGUCAAUAUCUCAGAUGGAGCUGUUUGAGCAUGUGGCCAAACCUCUUGUCGACGACCUCAUCCAUGGAAAAAAUGGUCUGCUCUUCACGUAUGGAGUCACAGGAAGUGGGAAGACGUUCACCAUGACUGGCUCUCCAGGCCAGGGUGGACUUCUACCUCGCUCUCUGGACAUGAUCUUCAACAGUAUAGGACCAUACCAGGCCAAAAGAUAUGUUUUCAAGCCUGAUGACAAAAAUGGGCUGGAGGUCCAGAAUGAAGUCGAUGCUUUGCUUGAGCGCCAAAAGCGGGAAAACAUGUCUUUUCCUAAACAGUCCUCCUCCAGACAAAAGCUCGAUCCUGAAAUUGCUGACAUGAUUAAGUCAGAGGAGGCUUAUAAAACUGAUGCUGUGGACGAAGACAGCAGCUACAGUGUCUUCGUCUCCUACAUAGAAAUCUACAACAACUACAUCUAUGACCUCCUGGAGGAAAAUCAGGAGGACGCAAUCAAACCGAAACCACCUCAAUCCAGAAUCCUCAGAGAGGAUCAGAAUCACAACAUGUAUGUGUCCGGGUGUAUGGAGGUCGAAGUCAAGUCUGCUGAGGAGGCAUUUCAAGUAUUCUGGAGAGGUCAGAAGAAGAGGAAGGUUGCUAACACCCGCCUGAACAGAGAGUCCAGUCGCUCCCACAGUGUGCUCAUCGUUAAAUUGGCCCAGGCCCCUCUUGAUGCAGAUGGCGACAACAUUCUCCAGGAUAAAAACCAGGUGAAUGUUAGUCAGCUCUGCCUGGUGGACCUGGCAGGAAGUGAGCGCACCGGCAGGACGGGGGCGGAAGGCACACGGAUACGAGAAGCAGGUAACAUUAAUCAGUCCCUGCUGAAUCUGCGGACGUGCAUGGAGGUACUUCGGGAAAACCAGAUGUGUGGAACAAACAGGAUGGUCCCCUACAGAGACUCCAAAGUAACCCAUCUGUUCAAGAACUACUUUGACGGAGAGGGAAAAGUCAGAAUGGUUGUCUGUGUCAAUCCCAAAACUGACGACUAUGAGGAAACCUUGCUGGUGAUGCGGUUUGCAGAGAUGACCCAGGAGGUGGAAGUGGCUCGGCCAGUGGACAGGCCCAUCUGUGGCUUCACCCCGGGCCGUCGCCAUAGAAACCAGGCCUUCAAAGAGGAACUGUCUCGCAAGCUGGACGAGCGUGGCGGUCCGAUAGAUAGAGACGUGCCCUCUGCUAUAAACCACCUGGUGCACAGCCUCCCUCCUCUGCCUUCCUCUGAGCUGACCGACCCCCACGAUGACAUCACCCUGCCCAGGCUGAUUGAAGCUCUGCAGAACAGACACAGGAUCAGGCAGAUGAUGAUUGACGAAUACAACAAUGCAGCCAACAAGAUGAAGUCCAUGCUUCAGGAGCUGGACAACGCCCUCAUUUCCAAAGACAAUUUCAUUCACGAACAAAAUGGCAAACUGGGGGAUAAGGACAGAAUCAUCCAGAACAUCAAGGCAGAGAUCGAACGCCUGGAGAAAAAAAACAGGAUGCAAGAACACAAGAUUGACAUCCUGCAGAAAACGACUAAAAUCUAUGAGGACGACAAGCGCUCUCUGAAGUAUGAACUGGAAACCAGAGAGCAGAAGCUGCAGAGGGAGCUGAAUGACAAGAGACGCAUGGAGCAGCGCAUGCACGGCGUGGUCACAGACACCCAGUACAAGUGGGAGAAAGAAUGUGACCGACGCGUGAAUGCGAUGCAGCUCGAGAUGCAGAACAAGCUGUGGGUGAAAGACGAGAAGCUGAAGCAGCUCAAGGCCAUCGUGACGGAGAGCAAGGCUCCAGGUCGCCCCGAACCUCCACCCCGUCAGACGCAGCCUCAGCGGCCUUCAAGGGAGGAACGCCUCCCUGCGAAGAGAUCAGCCUCGCCCUCGCCCGUCCCUUGCCCUGUUGAUUCUCCCAGUGUCAGACCAGUACUAGGGCCAGUCAGUGCCACUAGAGUUGAGGAGGUUGAGAUGAACCCGAGGCCCGCCUGCCCUGUCCCCAGCACCAGUAGCUCUUUGUCUGUGUAUCACUGCGUGUCUGCAUGGGAGCAGCGGUCCGACCAGAGCAGCAGGCAGAGUCACCGUUCCCCUAGUACCCCCACGAGAACCCAGUCCCCAGCCGGCCCCUCAGCCGGCCGGACCAGGAGGCGAGCUAUGUGUCGUGCUCGAGAGGAGGACGAGGCCACCUCCCCUACAUUUGAUCUAGACUUAAAUGAGAGGAUCUACAGGACGACGACGCCGGUGCGUCCGCUGCACCGUCGCUCUCGCUCUGCUGGCGGAGAGAAGUGGGUCGACCACAAGCCUUCUUCCAGCUUGGACUUGGGUACAGUUUUGCAGCCGGUCAUCCCCAAUGCCAUCCAGGUGUCUACACCGAGCGAGAAGGCCCUGUCCAAGUGUGACAGAUACGUGCUGACACACCAGGAGGUCGCCUCUGAUGGCGAAAUACAGACCAAACUUAUUAAGGGUGAGGUGAUUAAAACCAGAGGAGGAGGACAGUCUGUCCAGUUCACGGACAUCGAGACACUGAAACAGGAGCUCACCACAGUCCCGAGGCGUAAAAGAAAAUCAUCAGAAGGUGCACCUGCCAACGGAGAUGGAACAGAUGGGGCUUGGACUGAUGUGGAGACGAGGUGUUCUGUUGCCAUGGAGAUGAGGGCUGGAUCAAACAUGGGUCCUGGCUUUGAGCAUCAUGGGAUCACCAAGCGCAGAAAACCCUGAAAGCAGCCGACAGCUGCUCCAGUGAUCUCUCUCUCUCUCUCUCUCUCUCUCUCUCUCUCGCCUGGCUGUUGUGCAAUAGUCUGAACUUUUUAUAUUUAGCUCUAGUGAUGAUAUUUAAACAUUUUCCACGCUUUUAUAUAUUCAAAAGUGUAUAUACAUGGGUCACCAAAGCUGUUUUGUAAAAAUAUUUUAUACGUUGUGUUUGAACCAAUAGAUAACAAGUAUUCUGUGAUUCAGUCGAGGAGGCUGGCAAAUAUGUAGUAACUGUGGCGUCGCUGCUGAAAGGAGUCUGCUUUCACGUUUGUUUGUGUGUAACAUAAAUCACAUUUGUUACCUGGCACAUGAGGAGGCUCUGUGACGCUGCCACAAUAUUGAUUUUCGUCUGCUCCAUACUGUUUGUUUCUUGAUGGGUGAAUUAUAUUGAUUUUACAGAAGAGUUUGAAUAAUCCAGUUCUUUUUUUCAAUUCCUUUCUUUAUCAAAUGUGGUUCUCCCGUUGAUGAAACUGAGCUCUCCUGCUUUCACUGUACACUCAGGAAUAAAAUUCCUUUGAAGCACCAGUUUGUUGUAAAUUCACAG